ACACUGCCACUCUCUCUGUCACCAACCCCACCAGCUCGUCACCACCUCCCAGUUAGAGGAAGUUCACUCCACUUCACUAUUUAUCUCUGUCAGAUCCUGCAGCAGCACGUUGAACACUGAGCCAGUGUGUCGGAAAUUAAACGCCUCAGGGAACCUUUCGGGUAUUGCUGGAAAGAGGGACUUUUCUGAAAGGGAAAAGACACCAGGCCGUGGCCCCACCAUGCAUGUGAGACAUGACCAACAUGGCAGCCUGGGAUAGCUCGAGCAGCCCCCCGAGCAGCAUGGAGCCUAUAGGCAGCUGCGCCCCCUUGGCCUCAGAGUCGGACAUCUACCGCAGUGUCCAGGCCGUGCUCAGGGAGCUGGAGAGCCAACACCCCUCCUCUGUGCUCAAUAAAGGGAUGCUAAGAUGGACGCUGCACAAGAAGGUUCGGAACAAUCCUGCCAACAGUCUCAUUCUGGUGAGAGUCAUCGUCAAGGAGCUGGAAAGGGCUGAGAGGGUAGACUGUCGGACACACAUCAUCCCCCUGCUCCACACACUCAUCUAUGCUGUCAUCCAGUCAGCCUAUGUUCCUGACGACCUGUACAAGCGGGUGUACGACUUCUGUAAGAGGCUGCUUACCCUCCCCCAGCCCUACUGUACUGUAGGCCUCAGCUACACCAGACGCAUGAAGACAGAACGCUACACACCAGGAGUGCUGUAUCAGAGGAUGGUGGUCGCAGAGCAGAGCCUGAAGAAUGACUACCAUCCCUUUCAGGAGAGGGUGUUUGUGUUCGCCGAUCCAGUAGUCUUCUCCGGCCCCCACGGUGAGGCGCUGAGGGGGGACAUCGAGGCCUCGGGCUCAGGGGGGUAUCUGAAUCCCCUUGACCACAUGCGGACCGUGGUCCAACACUCCAUCCAGGCUGCUCUCGGAGGGGAGCUGUGUCACAGUCCUAAACUGGCACAGGCACUGAAGGAAAUUGGCCAGGACGUGGAGCCGUACUUCCAGGAAGUGGUGGCCUGUCUGGAGCAGAGUGUGGAGGAGGGCAGUAAGGGGGAAGGGGUGGUGCUGAGGGGGAGACUGGGACAACUCUACAGAGAGAUCCUCACCCAUACUGAUACAUCAGACACAUUGUCCUCCGGUGGUGGGGGAUGCCUGUGUGACAUGCCACUUCCCAAUCCGGAGAUGAGCUUCCACCUGUGGAGGGAGGAUGAGGAGAUCUGGCGCGAGCUGGCCAAGUGCGUGCGCUCCAGCUCCAUGUCGUCUGAACACUUCUGCCUCAGCCAGGACCAAGAGACCGACUUUGACCUCACCGACCUCUCUGCCGACCUCACUUCCUCCUCCGCCAUGCCCCGCCACUCCGUGAUGUCCAACGACAGCGGCAUCGAGAGGGACCUUCCCCCUGGGGUUGAGCCUUCAGUGGUGGAACCCUCUGGUGGCUCGGAGGAGGGGGAGGCCAGGUUAACCCGACGAGGAGGCAUCAAGAUGAGGCCGUCAGUCACGGACAAUAUGGCCCUGAUGCAGGACGCUCUGGAGAAGAGCGGGAGUGUGGCCGGGGGAGGCGGGGGGACACUUCAUAGGAAGGCGGGGUGCAGCGGGACCCCCUCAUUCUCCAAGCAGCAGAGGCACUUCACGGCCCGGAUCGUGGUGAUGGGGGACGACAGGGUGCUGGGGAAGCUGGCUAAGGCCUUCUACUUUCUCCGGAAAAGAGAAGCGCGUCGUCUCUUUCUGACCAUGAAAGUCAACUUCCAGUUUUACUACAUCCCUGUCUGUGAGGAUCCCAGUCCCACCUCUCCUGUCAGAGAAAACCUCUCCCCAACCCGGGAAAACCCCUGUGCCCUGGGUUCCUACUUGGGAAUGGUGGAUCCAUGGUACGACUGCAACAUCAACAGUCUGGGUUCUAUGAUCCCCAAGCUGGCCAAAAUGCAGUCCAACAGCAGCAAGCAGGCAGAGCCUAACCCCUUCCUGUCUGAUGUCAUUUCCUACUAUGUGCGGACCGGACUGCAGCCUGUUUACUUCACCAUCUAUUCGGUCAAGAUCUGCUUCCCCAACCUGACCAAGGACCCAGUGGAGGACGUGUUUCUCUCCCACUUAGAGCUGGACUUCCCCGAGUUCAAACAGUCCCCAACUACUUUGAAAGCCACGACCAUCAAGCAGAAGAAGAACACAGGAGACGUAUGUGGUGCUGUCGUCUCUGUCAACUACAAAAAGGUGUCGUUGAGUGGUAGAGAUGUAGACAAGGGUAUGUCAGUGAGGACUUCAGGUGUUCAGAUUAGUGCCAUUCCCUCCAAUGAAACUGAAGAUCUGAACUGUCUUACAGUAGCUUUCAACGAAACUAAACCCAAGAACACCAUGGAGGCCAAGAUCCGUACCUGUAACAUUAAGAUCAGAACCCUGGAGAUGAAAACCUUCACUGUGACCCUGGACAAAGACUCUAGGAGGACCUUCCGAGACAUACAGAGCAUAGAGAUCACCCCCUGUCUUGAUCCUGGAUACUGUGUCCAGAAGACCAUGCGGUCCAAGUUCAGUUUGGGGGAAGAGGAGAGGGACGCUGGCCUCAGCAAGUACAUGAACAAAGGACUUCCUCUACCAAUCAAUACAUUCGCUGGUAUCAUCAACUGACUGAUCCCACAACCAUCUGGAUGGACUCUACUGUAGAGAGGCUGAAAUGUUGAGACCAUCCACAUUGUAUGACGAUCAGGGAUGUGCUCAGCACUCACAACAGCGCCUCUGGGUGCCUUGAGGGGAUGUGGAAAGAGAACCUGGGUGGCAGCUAACGGUAGCCCACGGUUAUUUACCUGGUGUAACCUUGACAAGAAAACUAGUUGAGUUUGACAAGUGUUAGAUUUGUCAACAAACAAAUUAAUUUACCAUGGGUAUUGGAUCCCGUUCCAGUUUCUGCUUGUGACAGUUAUCAUAUACUGUGCCCAUGGGCAUAUCUCUGACUGACAGCAUAGUCAAAGAACAAUAUUGCCUCUAAAAUUGAGAAUUUUAUGAGCGUGUAUGAGGCAUGAGAGUGAAGCUGAGGUGGUAUUAGCUCCUAUAUAGGCUUUAGCUCAGAGGACUAACAUAAACUUGACAACCUGGGUUCAAAAUCUGGUCCGUCAGAAGAGUAGCCAACCCUCCCAAUCAUCUAACCUAAGGGAUGAUUCAUCCAUCCCUUGACGUCAAGGGGGGCACAUUCCAUUUCAAUUCAGUAAAGUUACUGUCAGGACCCGGUUACGAACCUGGGUCUCCGGAGUGAGAAACAGUCACUUAACCAACUGAGCCACGAAUAGUCAGCAGAACCCAGAAGAUGAGGCAGACACAGCAGUACUUAAGACGGUGUAUUUAAUAAAGUAAAAAGGAGAAGUCCUUCAAUACAAAAAAUGGCAAAUCCAAAAGGUGGUAGGAAUAGCACAAAAAGCCUCAAGAGAUACUCAAAAAUAAAAACAGAAUUCCACAAGAGCAUCCACCGGAAUCGACAAGAAUACACAGAACACUAGGGCUGGGUGCUAACAUACAAACACAGAGCACAGAACUGAGGGAAACUAAGGGUUUAAAUACAAUCAGGGGAAACGAGGCACAGGUGCAAAUAAUAAUGGGGAACAAGGGAAAAAACAUGAGGUCAAAAAGCACAAUGGGGGCAUCUAGUGACCAAAACCCGGAACAACCCUGGCCAAAUCCUGACAGUUACGGAGUAAACUGAAAUUCCCAUAGGAAUUGACUGAAUUGAAAUGGAGUUGACCCCAACACUGCUUGCCAUGUAAACACACUACCUGUUGCUCUUUGAGUUCUGACACUGAAUCACCCUGGCAGGGUCAUUUUCAUUACUAAGCUUGGCAGAAGAACAACUUAAAGAUAGUUUGAUGUCUUGGUGAGCUAACAACAGAAGCUCUUUGAAGCAGUCACUUCAUUUUAUUAGCCAGUUCUUUAAAAAACAGGUUCCAUUUAAAGGUGCAUAUGGCUCUGUGAGCUCAUCUAAGUUCUUGCGAAUUAGCAAUAAAGGUUUGAAUGCACUGUGCACAAGCCUUCAGUAAAAACAUGACACAAAAGAACAGGCACCUAUUUUAAGAUCAAAUUUAUCACCCCUAACUUGAAGGUGAUGGAACACAGUCACCGCUGUAAGGUAUUGGCUGGUUUACAAUAAAUCAGCAGGUGAUGGGGACCAGUUAUCAUAUAUGCACCCAUAAAAAGUAUGUAGAUGACAAAAAAAGGACAGACAUACAGACAGAGAGAGAAAGACACUGACUGACUGAAUGACUGAGAGGCCACAUCUAUAAAAGCCACUGUCGUAAUACCAUUGAUAGAAACGAGGGUCUUAAAGAGUUCUGACCGCCAGCUGGUAUGUUUGUAAUGCAUCAUCAAUCAUCAAUAGACCUUUUUGCACACUUGUCUAUUUUUUUAAAUGUUAUGUAUGUAAGACUAAUCAUUGGAGUAUGGUAUCAUUGAAAUUACUUGUUUAAUAGUAGUGUAAAUACUAAUGUAUUUUAUAUAAUUACUGUAUAUUUUAUAUAAAAAAGAGAUGUUUUGACUUUUUCUGAAAUGAAGUAUGAAUGAGCUGAUUAUUUGAUUCUUAAAGGGAUAGUUCACCCAAAUUACAAAAUGACAUAUUGGUUUCCUUACCCUGUAAGCAAGAAGUCAAUGGACAAAGUAUUACAGAAAUACAUGGACAAGGUAUGACAGAAAUACAUGCUUUGGUUUAGUUUCCCUGGCACUGUUCCACUGCUAACGUUUUAGCAUUUAUGGCACAAGUAUAUACAUAUAUACUGAUAUUAGCAUUUUUCCUCAUCAUUUUCAAAUCCUCUAGAAGGGACUUUGUUGAGCUUCACAAUAAAUUUUGAGAUGCUUUUAGAUGAUUUGGACUUGAUGUGUGAAAAAUCCUAGUAAUGGUACCAUGACUUGAAUGAGAUUUGUGACACAAAUGUUAAAACGGUGCAAGGGGAAUAAAACCAAAGCAUGGAUUGCUGUCCUACCUUGUCCAUAGACUGUUUAUGCUGCAUUCAAGACAACUCAUAAACUCCAAACCUCAAAGUUAAAAUGUGCGUACGUUUUGUUGUGUAGAGCUUCCUAUUGGUUGAUUCUAAUACUUUCCAAUUGGGAAACUGUGACCUCAUCUUUCUACAACGAGUUUCCAAGUUGGACAUUUCAGAGUUUCCUAGUUUGGAGUUUUCUUGAACACAGCAUUACAGUUUAAGGAAACCAAUUUGUGAUUUUGUAAUUUGGGUGAACUAUCCCUUUAAGUACAGUGCUGUUGAAUAAGAUGGAUACUGUGGGGGGGAUGUAUGUAGUACCACCGAUUUACGUUAGGUGGCGGAAUGGUCUAAUAUAAAAGUAUAUCUUCGAGUUUACAGUACAAUAGGUAUUGAAAACAUCAGCCUUGGCUUGAACACCGCAAGCUCAAACAACGGAAAGAGCGUGACAACACCAGCACGUUGUGGAAGCGUUUUUACCCAAUUCUCUGCCAUGCAGCUUGGUACUUAAUGAAAGACUGUGCGCAUAGACUGCUCCAGUUGCCUUUUCUUGUCAGUUUUCCUUCGGUUUCCAAGACACAGCAUUAUAUUUGUUUGACAGUGCAUCCUUGACCAGUUUGGAAUCGAACCCACUGUUGAGAGAUGGAAAAGGAAAAUAAACAUGGAUCAUCACAUCA